AUGGCAGUCAUCGUCAGUCUUGUCGCAGGUAGCGAUGGUAUUUACUACCUGCCAUCCGUGUUCAAGUCUGGCAUAACCAUGGCUAUAGGCUGUGUGGCCUCCGUGUACGUCGCAGGAUGCUAUAUGCAUAGGGUGUUUUUUCUAAUCCACCUCAAGAAACACAUGGAAUUAUUCGAAGAGGAGUGGUGGACGAAACCGCUUCCAGAAGACAAGUCUGGAGGCUUCCUGGAGACUACUAUGGUUAUACUGGUGACCAUUCUGCUGCUCUUUGUGGUGUCGGUCGAACUGGACUCGAAAGCGGUGUUGAGUCUGCUAGCCGGAUGA